AUGGAUUAUGAAGCAUACAAUUCAAUGGGAGAAGUAACACCUAUAGAGGAAGAAGAACCUGUUGCAUCACCACUUCUUACCUAUUACUACCUGGGCUCUGGUAUACCUUGUAAUCGGAGGUACGUGCAAAAGACCCUCCCUACGUGUGGAGGCAUUAAGAAGAAGAAGCCUAGGAUGCGAGUUCACAGUUUUCGGAAUCUCACGAGGAACAUUCACCCGUACCACGAUGCCUUUGUCAAGCCUGCACCGUACCUUAUUCUUGAAGCCUCAUGGAAAUGCUUGGGAGUGAAGCCCCCAACCAGUACUGAGGAGGAUAUGGUGUCAUACUUAUUUGACCGCACCAUGCGACUUAGCCACAAGGUCGAGUCCAUGGGUGGUGAGAUACAUACUAUAGGAGGCAAUGGUGCUCUACGGGCCAAACAGAUAGAGGAUAUGUGA